AGGAGGAGGAUGUGGUAAGGGCUCAUACUCACACAUGCAUGCAUGAACGAGCAGGAGUUGAACGGCCCAUGAAAGAACGGGCUCGUUAUACAGAAGCACUACAGAAGGACGUGGACUCCACGUACUUCUGUAGUCCUGGGGGGCAGGGACAUGCUCGUUAUAUAGAAACACUGCAGCAGCCACUGUUGGGUGGGACAGAAUAUCAUAGUGAAACCGGGGAGCUCAAUAGUGAGGAUGAGGAGUCGGACUACGAGGUGGUGCGCCAGGUGGCGAUGUACGAGUGGCUGCGCGCGUCUUCAAAGCAAGCAGCAGCCCUCGAAGCAGCACGCGUCCCGACUCCUCUUACCAACCCCUUCCCCCGCCAGCAGCACGGCAGCAGCAACAGCAGCAGCAGCAACAGCAGCAGCUGCGUGUCUGACAGCCAGGCUGGCACGGGGAUGAAAGAAGACAGCUGUCACGCUGGUGUGGGGGCUAGAGGAGGCGACGAUGCUGGUGUGUGGCUGAGGUGUGGCAGUAGGACCUUCCCUAUAAGCCAGGCUGAAAGGACAAUGGCGACAGCAGCUAGCACCGUCGCUGCUAGUUAUGCGAGUGUCAAAUCGCUUGUCGCAACACAAUCCCCGGCGACCACAUCCGACGCUCACUCCCAAACAGCAGCUCUCCACGCUCCUCCGCCGCACCUCACCGCCUCUCACUCCUCCAGACGCCGACCCAUCCAGAUCGUCGCUCUCAGCAGCAACAGCAGCCAUAACCGGAGCCGAUCAGUCUCCUCCGGAGAUUCCGGAUGGAUCAGAAAAGCCGCUUUAACCAGUGCGGGCCUAGCAGCCGGCAGCGGCAUUGGCUGCGUCUUAAUGCGUCAAGAUGGUCUUACGGAGGAUGAUGAGGAAUCGGAAUCAGAGGAGGAGGAGAGCGACGAGGAGGAGGAGUCGGAUGAGGAGGAGGAGGACGAGGAGGAGGAGGAGGAGGAGGAGGAGGGCGAUGCGAAGGCGAAGGAGGCGGCGGGAAAGAAGGAGGCGGAGGAGAAGGCGAAGAAGGAGAAGGAGAAGAAAGCGGCGGCUGCGGCGGUUAAAGCGGAGGAGUUCGACCCUCACGGCAUGCGGGCGGGCACGCGCGUGGCGGUGGACAAGCUGAGCACGACGAAGCGGUACCGCGUGGCGGACGUUGACCUGGUUGACCAGCGCAGCGACCGCGUCAUUCCCAAGGCGGACGGGUUCUACGAGAUGGUGUCGGUGGGCAAGGGCACCGUGUGCACGCGCGCACAGCUCGAGGCGGAGGUGGCCAACAUGGCGUCCAGCGGCAUGUUCCAGAUGGUCGAGGCUGAUACCGUCGCCAAUCCAGACGGGUCCAUUAAGCUGGAGGUGAAGGUUCUUGAAGCGCAGUGGCAGGCAGCCAAGACGGUUCGCUGUGUGAACAUGGGGCUCGUGCAGCCGGACGCCUCGGGGCAGGAGGCGUCGGAGGACGCGGCGAAGCAGGAGGCGGCGUACGCGGAGCGCCUGAGGCAGGCUCGGCAGUGCCUGCUGCCUCGCAAGGUGGAGAACGAGCUGAGCGCCAUGGUGCAGCGCGAGGGCCGCCUCACUGCUCGCAUGCUGCAGAAGAUUAGGGACCGCAUUCUCAAGUGGUACCACGACAAGGGCUACGCCUGUGCCAAUGUGAUCAACUUUGGCAAUCUGAACACGCCUGACAUCGUGUGUGAGGUGGUGGAAGGGGACAUCACGGGCGUGGAGGUGCAGUUUCUCGACAAGAUGGGGCAGCGCUGUGAAGGCAUCACGGAUGAGCGUGUCGUGAUGCGAGAGCUGCCCAUUGAGAUCAAGCCGGGCAACGUGUUCAACAUAGAGGCGGGACGCAAGGCCCUGCAGAGCAUCUCGUCGCUGCAGCUGUUUGCCAACAUGGAGGUCAACCCGCGCCCUGACGACCAGCUGGAGGGCGGCAUUGUGAUGGAGGUGAAGGUCCGCGAGCAGGAACCCACUUCUGCCGAAGUGCAGACCGAGUGGAGCAUCCAGCCCGGUGAUACUGGCAAGCCCACAGUAAGCUGGCAGGGUGGGUUGGGGGCAGGGUGGGCAGGGUGUUGGCUGGAGGGCGGCAUUGUGAUGGAGGUUAAGGUCCGCGAGCAGGAGCUUACGUCUGCCGAAGUGCAGACCGAGUGGAGCAUCCAGCCUGGGGAUACUGGCAAGCCCACGGUAAGCUGGCAGGAUGUGGGUUGUUGGGAGGUAUACCCGCGCCCCGACGACCAGCUGGAGGGCGGUAUUGUGAUGGAGGUGAAGGUCCGCGAGCAGGAGCCCACUUUCGCCGAGGAGCAGACGGAGUGGAGCAUUCAGCCGGGAGAUACUGGCAAGCCUACGGUGAGUGGGGCGCAGGGGUGUGUUCUAGAUGUGCUGUGGGGUGCUGUGCUGCUGUCGCCAAUGGAGUGCGUGCAUCUGCUCAUCAAUGGGGUGGACGCCACGUGUCACCCUCACAGUAGGACGACGACCAUAAUCCCCUCUCCCCUCCUCCCUCCUCACCCGCUCCCACCAUUAACCUUCUCCACAGGACGAUCUGGUGUUCAAGCUGGAGACGAUCUGGUGUUGAAGCUGGAGUACGUGCAUCCGUACAUCGACGGACGAUCUGGUGUUCAAGCUCGAGACGAUCUGGUGUUCAAGCUCGAGUACGUGCAUCCGUACAUCGACGGUGUUGACGACACGAGUCGCAACCGAGUGGGCCGUGUGACGUGCUUCAACCACCGCAAGGUGUCGGCUGUGUUCACGGGUGGGCCGUCGCUGGAUGAGGUGCCAGCUAUCUGGGUGGACCGAGCCGGCAUCAAGGCUACCGUCAGCGAGAACUUCACCCGUCAGAGCCGCAUUACCUACGGGGCGGUGAUAGAGGAGGUGACGACGCGCGAUGAGAACACAAGUAUCUGCACCCACGGCUUCAAGAUGCUGCCCUCCGGCCUGCCCACCCCUGACGGCCCGCCCACCACGCUCAGCGGCACCGGUGUUGACCGCGUGGCAUUCCUGCAGGCGAACGUUACCCGUGACAACACCAACUUCGUGAACGGCACGCCUGUUGGCGACCGUACCAUCUUCCAGGUGGACCAAGGCCUGGGCAUCGGAUCCGCGUUCCCAUUCUUCAACCGCCACCAGCUGACGCACACGCGGUUCAUGCAGCUCAGUGAGGAGGACGUGGACCAUGCAGACCGCCCGCCCAUGGUGGGGGUGCUGCACGCGCGCUACGGGGGUUGUCUGGGCGACCUGCCAUCCUAUGAGGCGUAUGCGCUGGGUGGGCCCUACUCGGUCCGCGGGUACAACAUGGGCGAGAUUGGCGCUGCCAGGCGCUUCCUCGAGCUUGCGGGUGAGAUCAGGGUUCCAGUGAAGACCACCCAUGUUUACGCCUUUGCGGAGAUGGCUUCAGACCUUGGCAGCUCCGGGUUGGUUUCUGGUAACCCUACCGAGUUCUUCCGCCGAGCCGGCUUCGGAGCCUCGGUGGGUGCUGGCGUCAGGCUCGGCACCGUGCGUGCGGAGUACGCUCGGGAUUGCAACAUGGGCACUGGCUCGUGGUUUGUCCGGUUUGGCGAGAGGUUCUAA